AUGGACGAUCUCCAGACAACCGAGUUUGACAUUGGAAGCAUUGAGGUUGCUACCAUAAAUUCCGACCUAUCGAUUGUUCUCACCAGCUCCUGCGUGCUCUCCUUACCCGCAAUCUGGGACCAUGUUCCAGACGCCAUCGAGCUAUAUAAAGCCUCCUCUGAAGCAAUUAUAUGGAUAGCCAAGGCAGGUGGUGAUUGUCGGGUGGAAUUCUCAACACUGUUGAACGGCGAACCCCUUGAUGUUGCAGGCCUAGACCCUGACGCUGAAGUCACAAUCUCUCACUUGGCCGCCGGGUGCGGAAUCUGGCUGGAGCUCGGUCUUGAUCUUCGACUGAAACACGCGACGCAUCCUGAGCUUGAACAUAGCAAUCCCGAGGCUGUCUACUUUCUACACCACCCAGACCUGUCCUCCAGUCUGAUCGCACCGCCCGAACUACCAUUUGCCAGCUUUCAAGAGUUGAAAGUAGAUAUCCAUUAUCACAUCAAUAUGUCAUACUCAACAGACGAUCAAACCGAGGCCACAGAAACGACUGGGUUGCCCUUGGAGGACAGAUUGGAGGAAGCCAUGACACUGCUGGACAUUGGGCUUCAGAAGCUGAUCGGAGUCAAGAAAAGCAUACCGGGGGUGAAGGUCACAAAAUCCAACAAUGAUUUGCCUUCGUUGAUUGGCAUUGCCCCAGCCGUAUGGAACAUCCCAUACUUACAGUCGAUGACAGUACACGCGCAAAUGAUCCCUUCUCUGGCAAGAAGUAUCGUCCGGCUGAAACACUCCCAGUCACCCAGUCUUCGGAGAAAGGUUGAGGGGUUGAUGCCAGGCGAUAUUGACCCAGAAAUAUGGGAUGUCGAUGACGAAAUCGAGGACGAAAUCCGCAAACGCCUUUGGCUUCGAUGCCAGACGGGUAUUCGGUCGGAUCCGAUCCAAAGAAUCAGCACAUCUCAGACAAACGCAGAUGACAAUAGGCAGGAGGAAGCUCCCCAGAGACUCCUUGGUGGACCAAAGUCUGCGGAGGAGAGAUGUGGUCCUCAUGAAUGCGGAGAGGCCAUCAUCAACCCUCUCCAUUAUGCUUCCACAGCGAACCAACUUGCACACUAUUGCGACAUUCCAGAAGGCAUUUACGACGACGAUAACGACUAUGAUGAGGGAUACGAUGCUGAUGACAGCCCCUCAGAGACCAAUUCAUUUUCACCUUACUCUUCCUCCGACAUUGGAGCCCUUCAUUCAGACGACUGGCAAGGCAGUUCCGAAGCUGAGUACUUCUACACAGAUGGACAAGGGAAUGUGGUCACCCUCCAGCGGGAUAGUGAUUCUACAGAACCAGAGGCCGUAGGAUGGGAUCGCAGCUCGAGUAUUGACACCAUGGACUUUGAAUAAUGCUCAGACGACGAACACACGACAAGGGACUGUGAAGAGGAAAGUUGAAGAUGUGUUAUAUGUACGACGAAUCAUGAUGCCAGGUCGGUCAAAAUGACAAAACCCGGCUCUUCAAAGCCGCCACAACCUAGACACCGACCAGACCAUCGCCAUAGAGCUGUACCUGCCCAUCAGCAGCUCACAACGACAUCCCAAACCAGGGUGAGCCGACCAAGCCGCGACCGCACGUUCUUGUCCAAGCGCCCAAAACGAUGAUGCAUCGAAAUAUCCCCUUUCCGGACCAGAAUUCUUGCCCAACCACUGGGGCCGAACGUACGGUUCCUGGGCCUUCCACCCAUGUAUCCACGCCUAGGUAGAAUUCGCCCACUUUCCAGCCCUUCAAACCUUUCAGCCUCCACGACGUACUGGAUGGAUAGCCUGGUUUAUAGCAUCGAUUGCCAAGUCAAAAUCGUCUUCUCCCUCCCUUUUGAUGGAAUGCGGUUUCCCAAGCGUCACGGUGCGCCCCAAAUUUAUUUCUUGGCGCCACCACCCUUCUCAGCCUGCUUCUUCUUUUUCUUGUCCUCCUUUGCCUUCUUCUGUUCGGGCUUCAUGGUGGCGUAGUGGAUGUACCAGAUGAGGACGCACUGGAGGAUGAUAGUGACAAGAACGAUGAGAAGGAUGGUGAAGAGGAUGGGCUGGUCGUUGAGGACGGCGACGGCUUCUGGCGUGGCGCCAAUGCUGGAGAACCAAUCGAAUUGACCCAUUUUGAUUACGUGUGGUGGUUAUAUAAAUGGUAUGUGGUGGCGCGUAAAUGGAAUAUGCUAUCGGGGGAUAUCGCAAAGAUGACUUGAUGUCUCGGACGGAUGAAGAAGGUAGUGUGAUCAAAGAGGCUCUGCCUGCUCGCCGGAAUAGAAUAAUUAAAUGUACAGGGCAAAAAUGAACGUGUUGAAGAUUAUGGGUUUGAAGGUGAGAAUAUCUCACGAUGCUUUUGGAGGAGGAGGCAAAAAGGAAAGGAUGGGCGCGUGGAGUGGGUGAGUGGGCAAGGGGGAAGAUUAUAGGAUAAAACCUCAGACGUCACAAUCAAAAAGCGGUGCAAUUGAUUUAAAAGGGCGACGUUCUCGGCGGAUGGCCACAUGGUCUUCAGUAGGCGGCA